UUGCGCCUCCGGCUUCCGCGUCGAGGUCGCCGGCGCUGCAGCCUCUCGUAGGGCCCAGCGGGCUCCCCCACAGCCGCCAUCUUGGUGAGGGGCAGCAGCCCCCUCUUUCCUCCAACCCCGCCCCGGCGCGGAGAGUCAGGCAGCCUGGCCAGAGGCCCCCAGCCCCUCGGUCACACACAGGACACAGCCACUCACACAGUGACGCCCCUCCAGGCCCACAGUGUUCAGCCACUCACAGUGGUCCUCACGCACUGGACACAAUCAUUCACACUGUGACACGUACUGUGUGAUACUCAGUAGGUUUCAGCUACUGAGUGAGAAGCAUUACGCACAGAGUCACACACACAUAGGUUAAAGUCACUCUUAGAGUGUCACUCCAGGAUGGCUCCUAGGAUCCCUGUCACGAGUACAACAGAUACUUGCUCAUCAGCCACUCUGUACCAGGCACUUGGGAUGCUGUUCCUGUCUUCACUGGGAUAUGGAAACAGUUGCAGGAAGGAUGUUCCCUUUGACAAUGAGAAUGUUCGUGCUGCUGCUGCUACCUCUGGGUCAGGCUGCCCCCAAGGAUGGCACCAUCAGGCUGGACCCUGACGUGCAGCUCCCGCCUCUGCCCAACCCCUUUCAGCCAGGCCAGGAGCAGCUUCGACUUCUGCAGAGCUUCCUGAAAGGACUCGAGAGGAUGGAAGAGGAGCCGGAGCACAUGAGCCGGGAGCAGGUUCUCCUCUACCUCUUUGCCCUCCACGACUAUGACCAGAGUGGACAGCUGGAUGGCCUGGAGCUGUUGUCCAUGUUGACAGCAGCUCUGGCCCCUGGAGCCGCUGGCUCUCCCACCACCAACCCGGUGAUCCUGGUCGUGGACGAGGUGCUGGAGACCCAAGAUCUGAAUGGGGACGGGCUCAUGACCCCUGCAGAGCUUGUCAACUUCCCUGGGGAGGCCCCGAGGCACGCAGAGCCCACAGAGGCCCUGGAACCACAAGAUGCAGGGGGGCAGCCUCUGUUGGCUAAAAGCCCAUCAAGACAAGAAGCACACGAAGCCCUGGGUCUCAGAGAAGACGCUGGGGGACAGGUGGAGGCCAGAAGGGAGUCCUUGGAGCCUGUACAGGAGGCUGGGGGACAGGCAGAGGCUGAAAGAGAAUCCCCAGGCCCUGGAGGGAAGUUCGGAGAACAGGUAGAAGCCAGGGACACUGGGGAGGGAGCAGAAGAGCUUCCGGGGGAAACACUGGGGUCCCAGAACCCCCCACAUGGGUUUGAGGCUCAUGCUGUUCAGCUGGAGAACGAUGAGAUAUAAACCUCGAGGUUCCAGGUUUGCA